AUGGAUCUGCUUUUUCAGUCGCUUCGGAUUAAGCUCUAUCAAUCGGAUCACGACUUGUUACUUUUUGAUGAAGAAAUAUCAAGAUUAGAGAAUAUCCUUCGCUCACUUGUUUUUGCAGGUGAGAGCAACUCACUGUUGAUUUUGGGUCGCAGGGGUUCAGGGAAAAAGCGCCUCGUUUCUCAUGCGCUAGAAAAUGUUAGGAAGGAUCUCACCGUGAAACAGAAUUUACUGGAGGUUCAUCUGAAUGGUCUGGUCCACACUAGUGAUCUAUCUGCACUCCGAUCAAUGGCGAAACAGCUACAUCGUGAACUCCUUCUCGAUAACUUCGAUCCAGAGGCAUCCACCCACAAGACUGAAGAAAUAAAAAUGCACAGUUUUUCUCAACAAUUGAGAUUAUUUCUCAAUGAGGUGUCCAACGGCAAGGACACUUCCAAGUGCCUCCUCAUCGUGUUACACGAGUUUGAUUUGUUCGCCAUGCACCGCAAUCAAAUUCUGUUGUACAACCUUUUUGACUGUUGUCAGUCUAGCGCCAAUCCCAUUUGCGUCAUCGGAUUGACGUGUCGCUUACGAGGUAUUGGAUACGAGUACCCAGUGAUGAUACGUGCGAAUUACGCUUCAUGGCUAAAGGCUUGCAACAAACAUCCGUCGUGUAGACGGCGGGCUAAGAUGAGCCGGAUACAGCCAGAUACUGGAGAGGUACUGGAGAACAGGACACAAGGUCCUUUGCGUUCAGCGUUGUCUAUCAGUAUCUUGUUAUGA